AUCUCCAGACUGUGCCUGAUCACAACUGUAGCAACAUGGCUUUCACCGGAAAAUAUGAAGUUACAAGUCAGGAAAAUUAUGAAGAUUUCAUGAAGAUCCUGAAGUAUUCUGCUGAUGUCAUUGAAAAGGGAAGGAACGCCAAGGUCAUUACGGACGUCACCCAAAAUGGAAAUGAUUUUACCUGGAUCCAAAUUUAUCCUGGUGGAAAAACCAUGAAGAACACAUUUGCUAUUGGCCAGGAAUCAGAUAUGGAAACCAUGGAUGGCAAAAAAUUCAAGGCAAUAGUCAAAAUGGAAGGAAAUGCACUUGUUUGCGACUUUCCAAACUAUCACCACACUUCAGAGAUUUCAGGAGGAAAUCUUAUUGAGACAUCAGCAUGUGGUGGUGUGGUUUACAAGAGAAUUAGCAAGAAAACUGCCUAA